GUCAAUGAAGCCAAAAAGGGCGUCAUUUUAAAAUUAAAUUUUUGAUUAAACUGUUUGGGGAAGUUCUAGCGUGCUGAAAUUACUAAAAUGUUUAAAAAGAAAAUCCUUAUCAAUGUGUCAUGGCCGUGGUAUGUGAAAAUAUAACCGUAUAGUGCAAUUAGGAAAAAUAUCUUCAAGUACAAUGAGGCCGGAUAGAUGAAAGAAAACUGAAAAUUUUACAUACAAUGUUUGGUUGAGUAGAGUAGCAGCAAUUAAAAUCCAAAAUGGCACACCACAGUACAUCAAAAGUAGCAAGCGGCGCAGCGGGAACGUCUAGUCAUAGUCUAAAAUACUGUUUGUUACGAUUGACCACGAUCAUGUUGGUUUUAGGUCUACCGAGCGCAUAUGGGACAGACAGAAUAUAUCUAGAUUCAACAGAUCUGAAUAUACUGGUCGAUGAAAAUCGACUCUUCCAUAUGAUACAAAUUGGAGAAUUCAAAGUGGGCAUAAAGAUAACGGCACAAGUUCAGCAUUCGGACAUCGUUCAAUUCCCAUCACCGACAAUAGAUAUACCUGCUGUGAUAUUACCAAAUGAUACGGUACAGAUCACACACGACAUCUGGGCGUACGGCAAGAGCCCCGGACACUCUGAAGUCACUUUCAAUGCUACACCAGAUGGAGUUAUCGAUCUUAGCAAGGUGUUUCUGCGCAUCACAGUCAUGCAUUCCCAAGUUAUCUCGGUAAUCUCCUACAUCAUGGGUUGGAUUUACUUCGCCGCGUGGUCUGUCUCCUUCUAUCCUCAAAUCUACAUCAAUUACAAACGAAAAAGUGUCGUCGGUUUGAACUUUGAUUUCCUCGCACUCAAUAUAAUGGGCUUUACGUUGUAUUCCUUGUUCAACUGCGGAUUGUACUUCUCGUCGGAGAUACAGAGUGAGUACUUAACCCGUCACCCGCGCAGCGUGAACCCUGUACAGCUGAAUGAUGUGUUCUUCUCACUGCACGCGGCAUUCGCCACCCUCGUUACCAUCACACAGUGCUUCAUGUACGAACGCGAGUCUCAGCGCGUGUCAAUGACGGGCCGCUGCAUCCUGGGCGCGUUCCUGGUAGUGGUGCUGGUGACGGCUGGACUGGGCGCUGGCGGCGAGCUGGCUUGGCUGGACUUCCUCUACAUCUGCAGCUAUGUCAAGCUCUGCAUUACGCUUAUUAAAUAUGUGCCCCAGGCGUAUAUGAACUACAAGCGCAAGUCUACCGUCGGCUGGAGUAUUGGCAACAUCUUCCUGGACUUUGUAGGCGGGUCCCUCUCCAUCCUGCAGAUGACCCUCAUCGCAUACAACUACAACGACUGGAUCUCCUUCUUCGGUGAUGCCACCAAGUUCGGUCUCGGUCUCUUCAGCCUGAUCUUCGAUAUAUUCUUCAUGCUGCAGCAUUACGUCUUCUACAGAGAGGGCCAGGAAUUUAUGAUUGUUGACAGUAGUGACGAGGGUUCGAAUAUGACGUCCAGUGGUGAAGGAAGGGAAUACUUUAUGGUCAAUUUUUGGAAUGCCAAUGAAAAGAAAUACGAUCUGGACGUGAAAGCGUGAUGAAGACUGAUGAAGCUGUCACAAUACUGAGGGUUGAGGUCGACUGCAUCUGUCAAUGUCAUUUUUACGUUUAAAAAGGCGGGAAUUAAAAAAUAAGCGCAUAUUGUAACACUACUGCCUUAUAAUUUUUUUUAUAAAAGUUUAACGAACAUUCCAAGACAAAAAAAUAGAAUUCUUAAAUUUUUGAAAUUUAGAAAAUCAUUUUUAAAAGACUUUUCGCACGAAUGAUCUAUUUUUUAUCUGUAGGUCUUUUGACAGUAUAACAUUUGACAGCUAUAGGUUAGUUAUUAUUUUAAUUUAGGUAAUUAUUUGUAAACGAACUCGCCAUUUAUUUAUAUACUGAUCCCACCCAAUAUUAUUGAAGUAUAUUUGAUUUAAAAGUAUGUUGUAUUGAAGGGAAAAAUUGAAAUAUUUGAUGUUAUUUAACGGGAUUGUUAUACGGAGAUACGGAUUAUACGGAGAUAUUGUUUUUUUAUUUAUUGUUAUAUAAUGACAUAGUCAUUGUAAAACUGAUGAACUGUGAUGAACAAACACAUAUUAAAAUGUGUAUAAUUUUA